UAUUUGGAAGUGUGGCGGGGAGCACAUCAGUCACCUCUGCAUUUGCCUUCCCUCUGCAGGAUCUCAGUUGAGGAGUGGCCCAUCAAGGAGCUGCUGCAAUGCCUGGUUUCCACAUCUCUUCACUUUCACGCGUCGUCCUCCUUGUCCUCUUUUCACUGAUCUCCAAUUCGGCCUCUGAAGAUGAUGGUGUGGUGUUCACCACCAGUGGUCCAAUCAAGGGCAAGCAUAUUGCAGUUGGCUCUGGCUCUGUGACUGCCUAUCUGGGAAUCCCUUAUGCUGAGCCCCCAGUGGGAAAAUUGCGUUUCCAGAAGCCUGUUCCACAUCAGCCAUGGAGUCAGGUCUUGGAGGCUACCAGCUUUGGCAACGCAUGCCCCCAGUUCAUAUAUACGGACUACCCUGAUGCGCCCAUAUGGGUUCCCAAUCAACCACUCUCAGAAGAUUGUCUCUUUCUCAACAUCUGGCGGCCCAAUCUGCAUCCCCCACCCCACUUUUCAAAACGAGCUUCUCCACCAGAGACUCCAGUCCUUGUCUGGCUACAUGGAGGAGAUGCAUUUCUAACAGGCACAGCUUCCCUGGACAUGUACGAUGGAGCAGGCUUAGCUGCUUAUGAGAAUGUCGUUGUGCUCUCUAUGAAUUUCCGCCUGGGGACACUAGGCUUCCUCUCAUUACCACCAGACGUCCCAGGAAACAUGGGCCUCAUGGACCAACAGCUGGCAAUGAAGUGGGUAAAGGAGAAUGCAGCGGCCUUUGGUGCAGAUCCCACUCAAGUGACCCUUUUUGGCCACGAUUCUGGGGCAGCCUCUGUGGGACUACAUCUCCUGUCACCAAGUAGCCAGCCCCUUUUUGCCCAAGCCAUGCUUCUCAGUGGAUCUCCCAGUGCUACCUGGGGUUGGAGGAGUCCCGAAGAGGCCAAGCAGAAAGCCCUUGCUUUCAGUCAGCUCCUGGGGUGUCCAAAAGGCAAUAAUAGUGUUGUGGUGAGCUGCCUACGGGAAAAAAAUGCUGCAGAGUUUGGUCAGCAUGAGUUAUUUAUGGUUGAAAAAGAUGGUUUGGAAGUUCCUUUCCUACCGACAACAGAUGGGGAGUUUCUGCCUCACGACCCACAGAAGCUCCUGGAGGCUGGGUCUGUUCUGCCGGCUGAGCAUAAACCAAUUCUUAUGGGUGUUACUUCCGAUGAAGCAUCUGUCCUUGUGCCAUUUAUUUUUCCUAACGCCAGCGAUGGCCUGAUCACCUGGGAACAAUUACUGAAAGCGGCAGAGAUGAUAGUGCGACAUAAAACUGAAGAAGAUGUCCAGGCCGUGGCACUAAAGUACAGUGAAGAAAGCAAGGAACCGGGACGGUACCGUUGGGCCAUGUCGCAAUCUUUUAGUGAUUACUUCUUUGUAUGCCCAGUAGCUGAAUUUGCUGCAAAGGUCAGCAAAGCUGGGAAUCCUGUGUAUCUUUACUCCUUCGGACAUCACACCUCUGGCUCUGUUUGGCCUGAGUGGGUUGGGGCAUCCCAUGGUUCUGAGAUACCUUAUGUGUUUGGGACCCUCAAGUCAGUGAUCAACCAAACAUACACGGAGGCUGAGGCGGCACUGAGUCGUAGGAUGAUGCACUACUGGGCAGAGUUCUCUAGAACUGGGAGUCCGAUGGGGUUUGGAGGCAAUGAAGGAGAGUGGCGGCAGUAUAAUGCCACAGAGCAGAAUUUCUUCUACCUUGGUACUGAGCCAUCUGAAGUUACACAGAUGUCACCUUUCCGACACUGUGACUUUUUGAAAAGGCAUGCGGAAAAGACAAAUAAAUCACCAGGCAAGGAGGAAGCAUGAACCCAGUACUCAGUAGCAGUAAUCCCAGUAAAAGGUCAAGAAUUUCAGACCACCUCUGGAAAAAAGGAGAAGCUAUUCUAUAGAAACGCCAGUGCUCAAUGAUAAGAAUCCAUUGCCUAAACAUGUGUUGCUUGCUGUGAACUCAGCACAUUAAGAAGAAUCUAAUUAAAACCCACUGUUUAUGUGUCUAUGAGCUCUUAACCCAAUUUGUGCUUGAACCCACAGUAACAAAUCUACUGCCCUGCAAAGGUUUUUAUAGCUGUCUGGCAACUGCAUCUAUAAAUUACUGGGGUAUGUGUGUGUGUGUGUGUGAUCUCUACCUAUAAAGUGAAAAAUAUCUGUGUGUCACGUAUGUCCUGAAAUGUUUACUCACUUACACAUAUGGUACUGCCUUAAUGCUGUUCACUCAGACAGGUCUUCAUGUACAUGGAUCAGAAAAAAAUCUAAAAACAUGCAUUUUGGGGGUUUAAGUAUUUUGAAAGAAUUUAAUAAAAAAGCCUAGGUUUAUGCCUACAAUUCCCAGCAUGCCCUGGGUAGAAUUCCCAGCAUGCCUUGGGUAGGAGGCCAGACUUACUGGCCUUUGGUGGCCAUUGUGAUUCCUAAAGUCAGUCAACAUAAAGGAAACAACACACAUAAAUGGGCUGCAUCCAUUUGCGGUGCCUCCUCCCACUUGCCAUGUGUGGUUUUAAAAUCAUAACUAGAUACAACAGCAUGUCUUUGAGAGGCCAAACUCUGGACAUGCUCAAAGGCACCCUGUCCUGAUAUCGGUUUCAUCAGAACAUAUUUUUAGGUUUGCAUCUUUUUUAGCUGGUAGAAAGGGUGUUGUGUGUCCUGAUGGUUUUUGAAGUUUAGAUGGCUGCACCGGCUAAGGCAUGAUGGGAGGUGUAGGCUUUUCAGGUAAAACAAAAAAUGUGGGUUUUCACGAAGCUCUAAUUUAAAAUAGUUCAGAUUAACACAAUUUUCGAUUUAUUCUAACAAAACAAUUUACUAACUCAACCAAACUAAAAUACAAACCAACCUAAAGAUGAAUAAGUUGCAUGGAAAUGUAUUAUAUAUCAACUACAUGUUAUAAACAUUAUUCACGGACCCGAGUAACGCCGGGCAUAUCAGCCAGCUAGUAUCUAAUAAAUGUUUCUUGAAAUUC